GUAUAACCGAUCACAGCUGCUGCCGUGGGGGAACUCGAGCUAUUCCCGUCCCCCUUGGGUUGGUCACGUGUCCUCUGGGAGCGUUUAGUUUGGGCACCACGUUGGGAGAGAGGGAGAGAGAAGUAGCGCGCCCGUUGCGCACAGCCGAGUUGGAGAGCAACAUCUUUAACAAGCGUUAAUCCGGCGGCGAAUCAACCAGAUCGGUUUUGUUUUUGGGGCGUUGUCAUAAACACUCCUCCGUGGUGUGUGAGAUACACAGAUCCGUCAGGCACCGACGCAGCGCGUGUGAUCUCCUCAGUCACUGACUCGUCAAAAACUUCUGCGCUUACCAACUGUGGUUUCCACUGCGAGCGUCACAUUGUUGCCAGCAACUGCUACAAGUCGACGAGUGGAGCUGUCCACGGCGAACUGAGCCCAGCGUCGUCCACAGUGGUGCUGCUCAUUGCUAACUAGGCUGCCUCCGAGCCCACAGGUGAUCUGCCAGCUUCCGUGGGUUUUGAUGUCACCUCUAGAUUGGUUCAACUGAAGAUGGAAACACUGGAGUCUGAGCUGACCUGCCCGAUCUGCCUGGAGUUGUUUGAAGAUCCCCUGCUCUUGCCCUGCGCCCACAGCCUGUGCUUUAACUGUGCCCACCGCAUCCUGGUGUCUCACUGCUCCACCAGCAAGCCCCUCGAGUCCAUAUCGGCCUUUCAGUGCCCCACUUGUCGUUACGUCAUCACGCUGAAUCACCGCGGCCUGGAGGGCCUUAAGCGCAAUGUGACGCUGCAGAACAUCAUUGACCGCUUUCAAAAGGCCUCCCUUAGCGGCCCCAAUUCCCCCACUGAGAGCCGGCGCCUGCAGCCGCAGCGGCCCUACACCGCCACCAUUAGCGGUCCAAUAGCUGGGACGAUUGGCGGCGGCGGUGGUGGUGGCACAAGUGGAAGCAGCGCCCGCGGCAGCCCGGCCACUUCCAGCCACUCCCACCCGCACGCCAAUCACGCCAACCACGCCAACCACACCAAUCACACCAACCACACCAACGCAAACCACAGCCCAGCUGUUGUUGCUAAAAUGGAUCCACGCAUCAGCUGCCAGUUCUGUGAGCAGGAUCCGCCGCGUGAGGCUGUCAAGACGUGCGUCACGUGUGAGGUGUCAUACUGCGACCGCUGCCUCCGCGCAACGCACCCUAACAAGAAGCCGUUCACCAGCCACCGCCUGGUGGAGCCGGUGCCAGACACCCACAUCCGCGGCCUGACCUGCCUGGAGCACGAGAAUGAGAAGGUCAACAUGUACUGCUUGGUGGAUGACCAGCUCAUUUGUGCCCUCUGCAAGCUGGUGGGGCGCCACCGAGAGCACCAGGUGUCCUCACUCACUGAACGCUUUGAUAAGCUGAAGGCUUAUCAGGUGAGCCCGGGCAGAGUGUCAGAUGCGGUAAUGGAGGCUUCAAAGACAAGUGCUGCGCAAACCCUGGAGAACAACCUGACCAACCUGGUGAAGAGGAACAGCGAGCUGGAGAACCAAAUGGCAAAGCUCAUCCAGAUCUGUCAACAGGUCGAGGUAAACACAGCCAUGCAUGAAUCCAAGCUUUUGGAGGAGUGUGAUGAGCUCGUGGAGAUCAUCCGCCAGAGAAAACAGGUCAUCGCUGUGAAGAUCAAAGAAUCCAAGGUGAUGAAACUGCGUAAGUUGGCUCAGCAGAUUGCAAACUGUCGCCAGUGUCUGGAGCGCUCCAGUGCCCUCAUCACACAAGCCGAACAGAGCUUGAAGGAGAACGACCACGCCCGCUUCCUCCAGACUGCCCGAAGUGUAGCAGAAAGGGUUGCCAUGGCGACAGCCUCCUCCCAGGUACUCAUUCCUGACGUCAACCUGAAUGAGGCGUUUGACAACUUUGCCCUUGACUUUUCUCGAGAGAAGAAGAUUCUGGAGGGACUAGAUUACCUAACGGCUCCCAACCCACCAUCCAUAAGAGACGAGCUGUGCACCGCCUCCCAUGACACCAUCACUGUUCACUGGACGUCCGAGGACGAGUUCAGCGUCACCUCCUACGAGCUGCAGUACACCAUCUACACCGGCCAGACAAAUUUCAUCAGUUUGUACAACUCGGCAGACAGCUGGAUGAUCGUACCCAACAUCAAGCAGAACCACUACACGGUGCACGGCUUGCAGAGUGGCACCCGUUAUAUCUUCUUUGUCAAGGCUAUCAACCAGGCAGGAAGCCGCAACAGUGAGCCAGCCCGCCUCAAGACCAACAGUCAACCCUUCAAGUUAGAUCCAAAGACGGCCCACAAGAAGCUGCGUCUGUCCAACGACUGUCUGACCAUGGAGAAGGACGAGAGCUCGCUGAAGAAAAGCCACACCCCGGAGCGCUUCAGCGGCACGGGCUCCUAUGGUGCAGCUGGUAAUGUCUUCAUUGACAGCGGGGGCCACUACUGGGAGGUGCUGCUGGGAGCGUCCACAUGGUAUGCCAUCGGCGUGGCUUACAAAUCAGCCCCGAAAAACGAAUGGAGUGGCAAGAACUCGUCCUCAUGGGUGUUCUCGCGCUGCAACAACAACUUUAUGGUGCGCCACGAUGGCAAGGAGAUGCUGGUGGAGGCAAGCCUGCAGCUGAGGCGACUGGGUGUCCUGCUGGACUACGACAACAACUCACUGACCUUCUAUGAUGCCAUGAACUCCCAGCACAUUCACACCUUUGAAGUCUCAUUCCUCCUGCCCGUGGUACCCACUUUCAUGAUCUGGAACAAGUCAGUCAUGAUACUCUCAGGGCUACCCGUCCCCGACUUUGUCGAUGGCGUGGCGACAGAUCUUGAAGAGCAGCAACAGCAGCAGAUGGGCCUGUGCCGACAAGAGUCGCCAUACUUGACCGGGAUGAAGACCUGCCACUGAAAAAGGCUCACUCAUGGCCGAGCAGAGUCCACUCAGACCCGGUGACUGAAAGGUUGAUUGAGAGCUGAACAACAUUGAGAGCGGACCAGUAACCUUCUCAUGAAUUCAGAAAGUUUUGGAGAUAUACACACCUGUCUGGAAACAUGUCAGUCCUGUUAGUUUGUAGCCAUCCAAUGCUUUGCAAAUCCAUCAGUGAAUAGGAGCAAGGCCUCCUGACUACAACUGUCAGUAGACCUAAAAUUGAUCUGAGGCUUUGGAGUCACUGAGGGACGGGCUGGACAUCUGGUUUUAUGACCAUUUAAGGUCUUCCUUUUUGAUUUAUCUUCCUCCUGAUCUGACCCCAGGCAGAAGACCAAGGAGGGAAUGUUCUCAUCAGCCAUUUAGAGUUUGAAGUUACAACAUGUGAACAGUGAGAUCACAUCUGCUGCGGUAGAUUAAAAACACAGCACAAUGCAGAGGCAGGGAUACAAAUACAAAACACAGUGAACAAUCCUCAGACUACAGACGUUUUGACUUUAUUUUAAAUCGUCCAUAUUUCUGUCACAUUAAGUUUACAUAAUGUCGAGUUAACUAAAUCUGACAAAAGUUAAAUUAAACUUUGAACUAAUUAUCAGCUAAAGGAAUAGUUUGAAAUUAUUAAAAGUACAUGUACUUUUUUUUUUAGCGAGUUCGAUGAGACUGAUACUACUCUCAUAUCUGUAUGUGAAGUAUGAAGCUAGAGCCAGCAGUCGAGUUAGCUUAGCAUAGCAUAAAGACUCGACAGUAAAACCACAGUCUCCGUUUUACAUUUCUAGUUAAACAAUUAAGAUUUGUGAGCUUGUAAGCAGUUGCAAAAUAAGUUAAUUUUUUUUACCUUAGCUUGGACAGAGCCAGGCUAGCCAUUUUCCUGUGUUUCCUGCCUUUGUUCUAAGCUAAGCUAACCACCUGCUGGCUGUAUAGCUUCAUAUUUAGCGCACAGACAUGAGAGUGGUAUCAUUCUUCUUAUCGAACUCUCUACAAGAAAGCAAGCGUAUGUCCCAAAACGUUUCUUCCUUUGAAUAUUGAUGUGCCUUCUUUGACUGCAGUUUAUUGAGUGAACUACAUGCUACCAUCUUGCUAAUGCAAUUACAUGCAAAUACAUGCAAUCACAUCACUUUUCAUGUGUUGUAGCCUGAGUAGCUGUAAGUGGUCGUUGCUAAAGUCUUUUCCUUGAUCUUCCUCCUAGAUUUGAUUCAGCAGUCUUCUUUGUUUUGGUGGGUUGUAGCUUCCAAGUUUCAGGAAGUGUUAACAUUGCUCCCAGAUAUUAAUAUGAUCACAGGGAGUAGAUUUGCAUUAUGUGACUACUCAACUUGUAUAAUAAGAGGUUUCUUGAAUAUUAGAGGAACAAAAGUGUUAUUUAUGACAAAAAAAAGAGGGUUUACUUUUAUGAUGAUCUCAACAUAUUAAUGACGCACUUUUUAGUUAACACUAUUUCCCCUUUACGAGUAUUAAAGUAGACUGAGAUGAGUGGCAGGGAUGUACUGGGGAGGGAAAGUGACAACUAGCACUACUGCUGGUUGUGUUCACUCAGAAAAAUCUACGUCACCUUUUCAGACUGGUGACGUAAUAAUAACUGAUGGUGAAUAAUUGAUGAUGGAUACUGGAUACCAACCAUUACAAAGUAUUGCAAUAAAAUACAGUUUAAACUGUUUUUUGUUGUUGUUGUUGUUGUCUAAUCUGUGGUAAAAUACCAGAAGAAUCUGUGUAUCAAUUGUUCUUUUCACAUUCAAUAGAAAUCCAAAAUUGGAAAAUUCAAACGAACAACUCAAAUCUUUCUUUUCAGUUUCUGAUUUUGGAUUCCCAAUUGAAUAUGAAAAGAACAAAUGAUGCACAGAUUGAGAAGCCCCUGCUGUAAAGUUAGAACGGUGUUUUCACUGUGCUUUGAACACGACCAAUGACUUUUCCUCCCCACGACUCUUUUCAAUAGCAUAGUAACUUUAUCUUGUUUAGAAAAGGGAUAUGAUUAUGAUGAUGUUUAUGCGCUUUCUAUCAUGGUGAGAUGAUGAUAAACUCAUAGUUGUUUAUAAAAAAAAAGCGUCACUCUGUUUUCAACUAAUCAGGGAAGGAGGGGGUUAACACUUUAACUUGCUGUCUGUCGCAAUGUCAUGGCAUGAUUGUGUUUUCCUCUGUGAUUUGUUAACACUCACACACACACACACACAUGUACAUACACACACACCAACCUACACACAUGUCAUGUUUCGUUUAGGUUGGCCUUGUCGUGAUAAAUGCAUGAAACAUUGUAGGAUCCCACACCGGUUCACUGGGUAAUUUAAGUAGCUCUUUCAAGUUCAACCUUGUUUUUCAUCAGAGACUGACUCACCUGCAUAUUUGCUUACAGCUGACUUGACCUCUUGUUGUCACCCAAAACUUUUCAGAUAGAAGCUGUAGCUGGAUCCAUUGUUUGCUUUUUAUUUGGAUUUGAAGGCCUAGUGUGGGUGACAGUUUCUCUCUGGUUUGAUAUUCAGGUAGUGGCUCCAAUUCAGACAAUCAAAUAUGUAUCAUAGUUUAUGCAGACUUGCGAGAUUGUGUAGCAGAAACAGUAAGGAGGGAUUGUGACAGUGAAACACAAGGUUGUGUUUGAAAAAAAAAAAAAAAAGCAGAUGUUUUACAUACCAUCUUGUUAGAUUUGACAACUCACAGCCAUUGUCACUCUUUUUACACAUCACCAGGUAUAUACUUAAUGUUGAAUGUCAUGUAACAUUUGUAUUGACAAGCUAUGAUUUCCUCGACCUUGAAAACACACACUGAUUUCAAUCAUUUGCUCGUAACCAUGAUUUCGUGUUGAUGAGUUUAAGUAAAGAUCCAGUGAUGUAAAACUCUCAGCUAUGGAAAGAUAGUGAAAAUGACAUGUCGUGUCCUCUCAGUGCAUCUUUCAACCUGCAGCGUUCUUUUAGGGAAACUGUGUGAUGAUGCGUCAGUCAUUAUUGUUUGAUGGAGAUAUUGACUGCAUGAGCGCUGCAGGCGACAGAGUCAAUCCGCUGUUCAAUGCAGGAGGAGCUCCAAUAUGAGCAGAGGGUUAUCUUUUCUUUCUGUCAGGGAGGUUAGUGAAUGUUACCUGACUUCCAGAUAUCCACCCAUCUUGUGGAAUAAUGUUGGUCACAGGCUCGAAACGGUCAUGUGUUGAUUUGUGAUCCAGACUGACAAACUCAACUCAUCUGUGCAAGGGCGCUUGGCUGGGUCACUGCAUGAUUACGUGACCUUGCUGCAGGUUCAUAACUCUUUCCUUAUCUUCACGAUGGGGUUUCUUAUCUUGAGUCAAGCAUAUUCUCUUUUUUUUUAUUUGCAAAAAAAAAAAACAGAAACCAUGACAAGAACACUUAAAAACAAAAUGUUCAUUACCAUUCCUAUCAGAUAGUUUGCAGUGCUUUUUCUUUUCUUGUGCCACAAGUCAAUACAGUAAAAUAUAAUAUACAGUGACUGAUUUUCAAUAGCUACCCACUCCUUGUAGUGCAGUGUAAAACCCUAGAGACAAUGCAAUAGAUUCUCCGUUUUGCUUUUCUGUUUGUGUAACUUGGGAAAUUAUUUUUUACAACUCAUGAGAAACGCGCUCCUCUCCUUUUGGCAUUUGGACCUUGAUAAACAGCACAAAAAAAAAGGCAGCGUUGCAUUCAUGCAAAGGCUUUCUGUUUCCAUAGAUAUGAGAGAUAAUUUUAGCCAGAGAGGAAUGUAUAUCAUAGGGGGAAAUAUAUAUUAUAUAAAGUUGUAUAAUAUACAAAAUAUAUAUGAACCAAUGUUAUUUAUGUGAAUUUAAGUCCAAUUAAAAGUCUGAUC